AUGGUCUUGUCUCAAAUGGCCAACUAAUCUCUACUCUCUCUCUCUCUCGAUUCUCUCUACAGCUAUACAAGUCUACAAGAUUGCAUUCGUUUGGAGACCUUCUUCUUGUCUUCGUGGGCGAUUCUUCCUGUCUCUCUCUCUCUUUCUCUCGCCCAAUGUUUGCCUGAGAGAGUCAACCAUGGGCGUUUGCUGCCCUUUCCUUCGACCUUGGGAUCGAGCACGGGACCGAUUUCUCAUCAACCUUCCUUGUCUCUCUGAUCCUGUUCGAAGAUCUUCCCUGCUUCUGAAAUUGGCACUAGUAGCGCUACACCUCGUCUUCAUCGGCUUUCUGUUCGUUUGCGAUGCAGAAUUCAUCGAGAAAACUAAGCGAGAUCCAUGGUACAUGGCCUCUUAUUUCUUGUUGUUUUCUGCCACACUUGUGCAGUAUUUUGUGACUUCUGGCUCUUCACCUGGGUAUGUUAUUGAUGCAAUGAGGGAUGUUUGCGAGACAGAUGCAUUGUUCAGAAACGUGCCGACGAACUCAAUACAACAUGCUUCCAGACAAAGUGGGAGCGUAGUUGUUACUGUGGAAGGAGAACCAGCCUCUGGUGGCAGAAGGACUCCAACUUCCUGGGGGAAGUUGGUUCUGGACUUGUACCCUCCAGGAACAUCCUUAAGGAAUUUGACAUGCGGCUAUUGUCAUGUGGAGCAGCCUCCACGAGCCAAACAUUGUCAUGAUUGUGAUCGAUGUGUUCUUCAGUUUGAUCAUCACUGUGUUUGGCUGGGAACAUGUGUAGGCCAGAAAAACCAUUGUAAAUUCUGGUGGUACAUCUGUGAAGAGACAGCUCUCUGCAUCUGGACACUCAUCAUGUAUAUUGACUACAUGAGUAAUGUAGCAAAGCCUUGGUGGAAAAACGCAGUUAUCACACUACUGCUUGUCAUAUUAGUGAUCUCCUUGAUAUUUGUGCUGCUUCUAUUGAUUUUCCACAGCUACCUCAUUCUAACGAAUCAAAGCACUUAUGAACUGGUGAGACGAAGACGUAUUCCUUACAUGAGGAAUAUUCCGGAACGAGUGCAUCCUUUUAGCAGAGGAAUUAAGAGGAAUCUAUACAACGUCUGUUGCGGCAACUAUAAUCUAGACUCACUGCCUACUGCUUUUGAACUCGAGGAUAGAUCAAGACCCUACACUUGCUUAGAUAUGUUGAAAUGUCGCUGCUGCUAAGUUUUUUUUUGUUUUUUGCUUUUAUACAACUAUAUCUCUAUUGUUUCAGUGUCAUUUAAUCUAUGAAGGUAACAUGUUUUCUCUAAAAUAUCUGAUGGAGUUGUAUACAGAGACAUGUAAUCUAGUGAAUGGAUUUAUUAUAUAUGCAAAGAGAGUAUGUUUAAAAGA